AUGCCUUUGUAUGUUGGAGUUGAAGGUGGCGGGACCCAUACAACAGCCAUCGUAGUUAACGAGCAUGGAAAACAACUCGCAGAGGAAAUCGGCGAAGGAACAAAUGUCCAUCUCAUCGGGCUCGAACUUUUGACCGACAGGUUGAUGGAAUUACUAGAGAAACUGUGGCUCCAGCUUAAUGUUCCGGAAGGCACGCAGUUUGACUGUGUUGGAUUAGCGAUCUCAGGGGCGCAAGAUGGGAUGGAAGUUUUAAUCAAGGAGCACCUCCAGGAUGCUUGUGGCCAGCUCUUCAAAGAAAUCUCAAUUUACGACGAUACAUAUGGCUCGGUCUUUACAUGCUCCAACGGAGGCAUCGGCAGCGCGUUUUUCAUUACACAUCGCGCCCUGAAGACUGUGUUUGACCACGAAGACAAUCUGAUUGAAUGCGAAUACCCAGUCGACCGCGUCUUCGAGGAAAUGAAAAACUACUUCGGCGUCGAAGAUCGGGGCCAAAUGUUGGACGUCUUCUACGCCGCCAAAUUCGACAAAUCAAACUACGCGGGCUUCUGCAAGAGUCUCGCGAUGCUCGCGAAGGAGGGCGAUGAGUUGAGUCUGUCAUGCUUCGCUGAGGCCGGUAGGCUGCUGGCUCAGCAUGUGGUGGCCAUUCAGCGCAAUAUGACGGAGGAGAUGAUCUCGCAGAAAGGAGGACCGGUGGUGAUUUGCGUUGGCUCGGUUUGGAAGUCGUGGGGAUUUAUGAAAGAGUUUUUUGUAAAUGUUCUACAAAAGACAUCGAAGUUAAAAGAGUUAACCCUCGUCCGACCAAAAGUCACCUCAGCCUAUGGCGCCGCCCGACUAGCCUGUCGCGAGGCAAAACUCGAGCUCAACAUGGACCUGGAGAAAAACUACGAGCUUUUCGACAAGCUCUCGUGGUAG